AUGCUUGACGGAGCAAAGUUCAACGUGAUGGCUGCUGGGAAUCACUACAACAACAACAACAACGACAACAACUACUACGCCUUCACUCAAGAGUUCUACCAAAAGCUCAACGAAGGCUCCAACAUGUCGAUGGAGAGUAUGCAGACUAGCAACGCUGGAGGCUCUGUGUCAAUGUCUGUGGACAACAGCAGCGUUGGCUCCAGCGACGCUCUCAUCGGCCACCCUGGUUUGAAGCCAAUGCCUAACGGCGGCUACAAUCUCUCCGUUGGUCAAAGCGUGUUUCGUCCCCGGAAAGUCACACACGCCUUGAACGAUGACGCCUUGGCUCAAGCACUGAUGGACAGCAGGUAUCCAACUGAAGGACUCGCCAACUAUGAGGAGUGGACUAUUGACCUGAGGAACCUCUACAUGGGACCUCCUUUCGCUCAAGGAGCUUUUGGGAAGCUGUACAAAGGGAUUUACCAAGGAGAGGAUGUGGCCAUCAAGAUCCUUGAGAGGCCUGAGAACAGUCUUGAGAAGGCACAGUUCAUGGAGCAGCAGUUUCAGCAAGAAGUGACUAUGCUUGCGAAUCUGAAGCAUCAGAACAUUGUGAGGUUCAUUGGUGCUUGCCGCAAGCCGAUGGUGUGGUGUAUAGUGACUGAGUACGCUAAAGGAGGCUCUGUGAGGCAGUUCUUGACUAAGAGGCAGAACCGGGCCGUGCCUUUGAAGCUAGCGGUUAAGCAGGCGCUUGAUGUUGCUAGGGGUAUGGCUUAUGUCCAUGGACGUAACUUCAUUCACAGGGAUCUCAAGUCUGAUAACCUUCUCAUCUCAGCUGAUAAGUCCAUCAAGAUUGCUGAUUUUGGGGUUGCAAGAAUCGAAGUUAAGACCGAAGGAAUGACUCCUGAAACCGGAACUUACCGGUGGAUGGCUCCAGAGAUGAUACAGCAUAGGGCCUACAAUCAGAAAGUGGAUGUGUACAGUUUCGGGAUUGUGCUCUGGGAGCUGAUCACAGGACUGUUGCCGUUCCAGAACAUGACAGCUGUGCAGGCAGCGUUUGCGGUUGUGAACCGCGGAGUGCGUCCGACGGUGCCGAGCGAUUGUCUUCCGGUGCUGAGUGACAUUAUGACUCGUUGCUGGGAUGCGAAUCCUGAGGUGCGUCCAUGUUUUGUGGAGGUGGUGAGUCUGCUUGAAGCUGCAGAGAUAGAGAUAAUGACGACAGCGAGAAAAGCCCGUUUCAGAUGUUGCAUGACUCAGCCAAUGACGAUUGACUAA